AUGUUCAGGCUUUACUGGAUCGUUUGGGAAAAAGACCGACCCCCUACCGUCAAAGCCCCGAAGGGACUUGGCAAGCUUCCGGAGCACAUCACGGAAGAGGACAUCGUGCGCGAGUCUUACUGGCAUUAUAAACGGAUGAAAUUUAACCAAGCCUCCCUCGAGGGGAAUAACAGUUGGUCUCAAGAAACGUAUGACGCUCUCACCGAUGAAGAGUCCCCUGGGAUCACAGCCGGCUUUAUGUUCAACAUUCCGAUUGCGAUGUCUCGAAAAGGCCAACUUCUCGUCGACUCUGGGAAGGGCAAGAAACAGAACUUCCCUUGCAGGACUGGCUUCAUUGACGUCAAUGACCGAUACAAGUCCGUAAACCCAGGGGAAGACGAAGACAAUACAGACCCGGAAGAGAGCACUCGGUUCAUCCAAGCAACGGGUCUUUUCACCCAUGGAGGUUUCUGGAAACACUGCACCAAAAGGCAAAAGUGCCAAAAGGCGGAGUAUGAGAGACCAGCAUUCGUAGACCAGGCAGGGAAGGUAUGGAAAAAAAGCGAUCCAGAGUACGAGCGUUGCGCGGUCCUGUAAACAGCCUAAUGGAACGGCAAGUGAGGUCCUCCGAGUUCAAAACGUUCUUCACGCAUUUCAACGGGUGUAUGAGCCUGGAUCGGAUGGGGUGGCCUGCAGGCAAGAAGAGAGUUUUCAUAUCAGUCUUUGCUUUCUUCCUUUCUCUUUCUUUGUCAAUCGCGUCCUUUUCGAAACGCAGGUUUUAAAGCUAUAAUAGUCGGGAUGGCACUUCAAUGUCCAUAUCGGCGCAGGGUGGGACUGCUGAAUUGAAAAGGAAAGCGGAAUGCUUGUUUUGUUUAGUAGAGUACC